UCACCAGAAAAAGUGGCUGAUCCUUCGGUGGCAGACCCCUUAUCAGGAAGCAUAUAAUGACUUCAAAUUAACUCAAAAACUUCACUCUCACUUAACCCUUUCAUUGUCUUCAAAGUUUUGAAAAACUUCACAUAUAUCUCAUGCACUUCUAGGGUUAUUGUUGUUGUUUUUCAAAACUUUCAACCAUCUCUUUGAAAACAUCUUCCACUUUUUCUACCUUGUUUCUUAGUCUUUUUUUUCUCUUUGCUAGUUUUGGUUAAAAAUAUUCCAAAAUAGGGUUAAUAUAGUUAGGUUUAGGUUUAGAUAUGGAAGAAAGAAAUGAUGGUGAAAAACUUGAUGAAGUUAUCUUACCAGGGUUUAGGUUUCAUCCAACUGAUGAAGAGCUUGUUGGGUUUUACCUAAAGAGAAAGGUUCAACAAAGGCCUCUAUCAAUUGAGCUCAUUAAGCAGCUUGAUAUCUAUAAAUAUGAUCCUUGGGAUCUUCCAAAGUUUGCAAGUACAGGAGAGAAAGAGUGGUAUUUCUACUGUCCAAGAGACAGAAAAUACAGAAACAGUGCAAGGCCUAAUAGGGUAACUGGAGCUGGAUUCUGGAAAGCUACAGGGACAGAUAAACCUAUCUACUCCUCAGAAGGUUCCAAGUGCAUUGGCCUAAAGAAAUCCUUAGUCUUUUACAAAGGUAGAGCUGCUAAAGGAAUCAAAACUGACUGGAUGAUGCAUGAGUUCAGGCUACCUUCUCUCAUAGAUCCACUUUCACCAAAGAAGUACUUAGAGAAAACCAUUCCUGCUAAUGAAUCAUGGGCUAUCUGUAGAAUAUUCAAGAAAACAAAUUCUACGGCUCAAAGAGCUUUGUCUCACUCUUGGGUUUCUUCCCUAUCUGAAACAAGAACCUCUAAUAUGCUAACCAAAAAUCAAGAAAUCACCCAAUUUUGUUCAAGCAACAUCUCAUUGACAAAGAACACAUCCUUGGCCAACCACUUCUACACUAACAACAAUGAUAGCCAAAAUUUUGAUGAAGAUGUUACCCCUUAUAAAUCCAUUAUUAGUCCAUUACUACAUGAAGAUCUUAAUACAAGCUUGAUAUUCUCAUCAUCAUCUCCACUUGAAACAUCUAACACUAAUAGUGAUAUUAUUUCCAAAUCUACAAUGGAUGUUUCAUCAAUGUUGUUGAAUAUGUCAUCAUCAUCCUCAAUGCUUGGUGACUUUAGCAAGACAUGUGAUGAGGUUACAACUACAAAUUUCAUGAAUGGUGGGUUGCAAGAGCAAUUUAGUGACUACUCAUUACCAUUUGGUAAUUACCAAUAUGAUAAUAAUGCAUUGGUUAAGGUACCUUAUAAUGUUAAUAUGAAUGUGCCUCGUAUUGAUGAACAAGAAUUGAUGAAUUUCAAUAUUGGUGAUGCAUGGAAGUCAAAUUUGCUUUGGGAUACUUCAUUUUGUCCUAUUGAUGUUCCCUCUAGUUAUUCAACAACCAAGUGUUACACUUAAUUUGUACCUUUUAUUUUUACAUAAGUAGAAUCUAGAAGCACUUAUUUUUUCUAGCUAGCUUCUAUAGUAGGAAGUGAGUACUGGUGAUUCUGACCUUUUUUUAACUUUGAUUUGUGUUCAAUUUUACAUUAGCAUGUAGAACUUCUAUUUUUAUUUUUUAGUUGAUUUUAAUGUACUUUGAAAAAAAAAAGUUGUAACUUGAGCAAAUAUGUGAACUCAAAUGUUAUGGAAUAGAAAUUUGACUGCAAUGGGAGAUUUUCAAAAUGGUACCAUUGAUU